CCUUGCCGCUGUUUGCUUAGUUCACAUAAACCGCUCAUUAGGGUUUAGCAAAAAUUGAGUGCUGCUGCUGCUGCUGCUGAUGAUGACUCAUUAAGGUUUCUCCGCGAGGUAGCUGUGUACGACUCUUGCAGUUGCCAUGGGAGGAUCUCGAGUUCAAGUAAACAAAACUCACAAAUCCCGCUUCUCCAGCAAAUCAACUCGUAACCUGCACAAAACCUCUCUAAAAGAUAAGAGUCGGAUUGCAAAAUCGGAGCGCAAUGUGGCGAAGGGGGCUCGGGCUGCUCGAGUUCAGCGUAACAAGAUGCUACGCGACCAGAAACGAGCAACUCUUUUGAAUGAAAAAAGAGCUUCAAGUGGUUCAGCAAGCCCUCCCCGUGUUGUUGUUCUUUUUGGUCUUUGUGCGUCUGUGAAUCUAAAUUCUGUGACUGAAGAUCUUCUGAGACUGUUGAGCUCAGAAGGUAAUGGAGCUGUGCCUUCAACAGUUUGUUCUUCUGAGUACAGACUUAGAGCAACGGUACUACAAGCACCUCAUGGGGAUUUGUCGGCAUGUAUGGAAAUGGCAAAGGUUGCUGAUUUAAUUGCUUUUGUGGCAUCAGUGAGCUCAUUUUGUGAAGACAGUACUUCUUACUAUAUUGAUUCAUUUGGAAGUCAAUGCCUUUCUGUGUUUAGGUCUCUUGGAUUACCAAGCACUACUGUGUUGAUCCGUGAUCUACCUACCGAUUUGAAAAAAAGACAAGAAUCAAAGAAGUUGUGUAUCUCUGACCUUGCUUCUGAAUUUCCUGAGGACUGUAAAUUUUAUCCAGCUGAUACAAAGGAUGAGCUGCACAAGUUCAUGUGGCUUUUUAAGGAGCAAAGGCUCACAGUGCCUCACUGGCGAAAUCAACGGCCUUACCUGAUGGCACAAAAGGUGGACAUGGUAGCAGAUGAUUGCGACUCUGCAAAAUGUACCCUUCUCCUCAAUGGUUAUUUGCGUGCUCACAGCCUCUCUGUGAAUCAGUUGGUUCAUGUUUCUGGUGCGGGGGACUUCCAGUUGUCCAAAAUUGAGAUUUUGAAGGAUCCUUUUCCUUUGAAAUCCAGAAAAGAACAAGACGCCAUGGAAUCAGAUGAAAUACAUGAUGCUGAGGUCAUUCGUUCCUUGGCUCCUGAUCCUUCUAAGCAGGAGCCUUUGCUUGUUGAGAAUGUCCCAGAUCCACUUGCAGGAGAGCAGACUUGGCCAACAGAGGCGGAAAUGGCAGAGGCUGACCAAAAUCAAAAAGAAAAAAAGCUAAAAAAGAGAGCUCUUCCUCGAGGCACUUCAGAAUACCAGGCUGCUUGGAUUGUGGAUGAUACUGAUGAGGAUGAUUCAGAUAUCGAUGAUGAUGCUGAUGAUGGUAUGGUAUUGGACCAAGAAGAAAGCGGUUUUGCUGGUCAAGAGAAAACCAAUAAUUCAGACCUUGACGACGAUCAAGCUUCCCUAUCCUUCAAAUACUCUGAUGAUGAAACUGAAAAUGAUUCGGUGAUGAUGGAAGGUGAGAAUUUGUCAAGGGAACAGAUAGAGGAUGAGAUUAGAAAAAUUAAAGAGGCGCAUGCUGAAGAUGAAGAAUUUCCCGACGAAGUGGAUACUCCAUUAGAUGUUCCUGCCAGAAAGCGGUUUGCCAAGUAUAGAGGGCUGAAGUCCUUUAGGACCUCUUCCUGGGAUCCUAAGGAAUCUCUACCUCCAGAAUAUGCCAGAAUAUUUGCGUUUGAUAAUCUUGCAAGAACGCAAAAGCAUGUUUUUGCAAAAUCGUUAGAAAUGGAGCAAGAGGACAGGGAAGACUGUGUACCUGCUAGCUCAUUUGUGAGGCUUCAUAUUAAGGAAGUACCUGUGACUGUUGCUUACAGAUUACAAGAACUUGUAAAGACGGUGCCUUUAGUAGCAUCUGGCCUUUUGCAGCACGAAUCCAAGAUGUCUGUCCUUCAUUUUAGCAUAAAGAAGCAUGAUACCUACAAUGCUCCUAUCAAAGCAAAAGAAGAAUUAGUAUUUCAUGUCGGCUUCCGCCAGUUUAUUGCAAGGCCCAUAUUUUCUAGUGACAAUUUUAAUUCAGACAAGCACAAGAUGGAAAGGUUUCUCCAUGCAGGGCGUUUUUCCGUAGCUUCAAUUUAUGCUCCUAUCUCUUUUCCACCUCUUCCUUUGAUAGCUCUGAAGAGUGCGGAAGCAGGUGCUCCACCUGCAGUUGCUGCUGUUGGGUCCUUGAGAAGCAUUGACCCAGAUAGAAUAAUUCUGAAGAAAAUUAUUUUAACUGGUUACCCCCAACGAGUGUCAAAAUUAAAAGCCUCAGUAAGAUAUAUGUUUCAUAACCCAGAGGAUGUGAGAUGGUUCAAGCCUGUUGAAGUCUGGACAAAAAAUGGUCGCCGUGGUCGUGUUAAGGAGCCUGUUGGUACACAUGGGGCUAUGAAGUGUGUUUUCAAUGGGGUCCCUCAGCAGCACGAUACUGUUUGUAUGAGCUUGUACAAGCGUGCUUAUCCGAAGUGGCCAGAACACCGAUUCCCGGUUCUUGAUGCCUGACAGACAGCAUGUGGUGUUCAGUCUUAUAUGUUUGGUACUCAAACAUAGAAGAUUACCCCAUUGUUGUGGGAAUGAAGCUCUGGUUCAGAUUACAAUCACUUGAGGAGGGAAGUGAUUUCUCUACUUUUGGUUUGUUAACCCCCCCACCUCCAUACCCCCACACCCACCUUUUUUUUUUUUUUUUU